GCGUCCCGCAAAGCCAGCCCGGGCCGCCGUCGCGGGGUCGCGCCGCCUGAAGCCCACGUGCGCCGCGGGCCGGAGGCGGCCGCGAGCGGCUCCUGCAGGACAGCCGGCCGGGGCGGCCGCCGCGCGGCUCCCGAGGAGGGGAUUUCGGUUUCAAAGAAAGGAAGGAAGGAAGGACAACUCCCAGCCGCCCGCCCCGCCCUCCGCUCCGGCGGCCGCGCCGGGUCAUGCCCAGAAAGGCGGCGGCGGCCCAGCGCGAGGGACUCUCCUGGCAGCGCGGCGACGAGGAGCGAGGACCGUGAGUUCGCCCUGCCCCGGUUCAUGGUUCCGGCAGGCCCGCCAGAAGGCCCGACGCCGAAGCCGCUCCCCGCGCCCCGAAGAGCCUCCCGCGCCCCGUGGCCCGCGGGCCGCCGCCGCCGCGCCGCAGCCCAGCGCCCUCUGCCCGCGGCGGUGGAUGGCAUGAUGGUGCGGGCAAGGCAGCGCGGCCCGGGCCAGCACAGUCGCGACGGCCGCCGGGGCGGCGGUGGUGGUAGCGGGCUCCCCAGCGGCAUGCCAGUGCCCCCCGGGCGCGAUGGCUAGCGGCAGCGCGGGGAAGCCCACUGGCGAGGCGGCUUCUCCGGUUCCUGCGAGCGCCGUCGGCGGGGCCGGCCCGCAGCCGCGGAAGAGGCUGGUGUCCGUGUGUGACCACUGCAAGGGCAAGAUGCAGCUGGUGGCCGACCUGCUGCUGCUGUCGAGCGAGGCGCGGCCCGUGCUCUUCGAGGGCGCCGCCGCCGCCGCCGCCGGCGCGGGCGCCGAGUCCUUCGAGCAGUGCCGGGACAGCAUCAUCGCGCGCACCAAGGGGCUCUCCAUCCUCACGCACGACGUGCAGAGCCAGCUCAACAUGGGCCGCUUUGGGGAGGCGGGGGACAGCCUGGCGGAACUGGGCGACCUGGUGGUGUCGCUGACGGAGUGCUCGGCCCACGCGGCCUACCUGGCGGCCGUGGCCACGCCGGGCGCGCAGCCCGCGCAGCCGGGCCUGGUGGACCGCUACCGCGUGACGCGCUGCCGGCACGAGGUGGAGCAGGGCUGCGCCGUGCUGCGCGCCACGCCGCUGGCCGACCUGACGCCGCAGCUGCUGCUGGAGGUGUCGCAGGGCCUGUCGCGCAACCUCAAGUUCCUGACGGACGCGUGCGCCCUGGCCAGCGACCGGUCGCGGGACCGCUUCUCGCGCGAGCAGUUCAAGCUGGGCGUCAAGUGCAUGAGCACGAGCGCGUCGGCGCUGCUGGCCUGCGUGCGCGAGGUGAAGGCGGCGCCCAGCGAGCUCGCGCGCAGCCGCUGCGCGCUCUUCAGCGGGCCGCUGGUGCAGGCGGUGGGCGCGCUGGUGGGCUUCGCCACCGAGCCGCAGUUCCUGGGCCGCGCGGCCGCCGUGAGCGCCGAGGGCAAGGCGGCGCAGACGGCCAUCCUGGGCGGCGCCAUGAGCGUGGUGUCGGCCUGCGUGCUCCUGACCCAGUGCCUCAGGGACCUGGCGCAGCACCCCGACGGGGGCGCCAGGACGUCGGACCACAGGGAGCGGCUGCGGAGCUCGGCCUGCGCCGUGUCCGAGGGCUGCACCCUGCUAUCUCAGGCUUUACGGGAGAGGUCUUCGCCCCGGACUUUACCGCCAGUGAAUUCCAAUUCUGUGAAUUAGCACCCCCUACCCCUCCUCCACGCAGGCUAAGGGGCGUUUCUCUCUCCGCCCCUCUCCGUUUAUACCAAAGAGCUCACAGGUGGAGCCCACGCGUGCGCCCGGCGGCAGUGCGCGAGAGGAAGCCUGGGGAGGCCGGGCCGCGCGCGCAGGUGUGUGCGCGCAGGUGACACGCCCGAGGGCCCCGGUGGCCGCCGGCCCGCGUUGGGACUGGGAGUGGAAGGUGUAUGGUCUGCUGGCUGUGGUGUUGCUCCCGCCCCUACCCGGCCCAUCUUCCCGAAUUUCUCAACUAAAUUUUAUGAUCGACUAGGCAGGAAGGAGGUCAUGGGUUCAUUUCUUUUUUGGUUUUGUUUCUGUCUUCUUUUCAUUCAGAGAAAGGUUACCUCAGUUUUCACUCCUUAGACAUGGAUGUAGCUACCUUUUUUGUAUGUCGUUAUUUUUUUAAGCAACUGUGUUGAAUUAGGAGUAUCCUUGGUGUGGAAAGAGUAUGAAUUUGCCAUGUGAUUUGCAAAUGGGGGGAAGCUACUGUGAGCGUGUGUUUUAUUUUUUAAUUUACACUAUAGAGUGAUUUUUUUUUUCCCCCAAUGUCAAGUUUUUACCUUGCAUGUACUGGAGUAUUUAUUUCAUCUAUUAAAAUGUUAUGUUUCUCAGA